AUGACUGGCCAUCUGGAUAUCCUGCCACCUGAGCUUCUGUCCAUCAUCACCGAACAUCUCGGUCACGAUGACAGGAAGAAUUUUAGCCUGGCAAACUCGACGAUCCGCAAUGCAAUGGCCCCUUUUCUGUUCAGGGGCCUGAAGGUCAAGUGUCCGUUGCCUGAAGAUCAUAUCCUGCAGGACAUCGUUAAAAAGUUUGGCUCCCAUGUUCUGAACUUGCACCUCCACGUCACUUUUUUCCCGGGUCAACCAGAUCCGAACAAGGAGGAGGACGUGGACAUGGAGGAUCGCUGGUACUGGAAAAACCCGCCCGAGUCGGUCUGGGCAAGAAAGUCGGCCGAUGUUCUAGCCGUGAAAGACCUCAUUCAGUUCAAAGGCCUACCACGGUGUUCCAUCCUCAGCAUUCAUACCAUGGGAGUCGAAGACUUUGAGAUUGAAGCUGAUUGGGAUGACAACGAUCUUUGCGACUCUGGAAUGUACUUUUGCAGCUAUACCGAACACUGGGAGGAUGUCGAGAAGAAAGAGGAAAGGUACACCUGGCGAGCAGCCUUGAGAGACAUGUGGCAUGAUGUUGCGAAUCUCUCCGAGACCCAGCACCUGGAAGUCUUUGACUUUUUGCCGAGAAAGAGCUCAAGCUGGAGGACACCCGAGUGGUCCAAGUUCUUGGGUGGCCUGAAAGAACUGGCUCUUUACCUUUAUGGAGCCGACAAUGGAGCUGGAUGGCAUGUUAACACCUUGCCCGGUUUCAACGACUUUUUCAAGGAGCUAUAUUCAAUCAUGCUCCGCCAUGCAAAGAAUGUCGAACGACUAAAGAUUAUCGCGCACGAUGGGGGUUUUCUGAAUCACAACUCUCUAAGGCUACCCCCUGGGAUACUGCCAGAGCUGCAGGUGCUUCAUCUGCAACACAUGGCUGCACCGGCAGUCCUGCUACCUUUCCUCGAGGGGAAGCCCCGCAACUUGAGAGAAAUCCAUCUCAAGAAAUGCGUGGCCGAAGAGACCAACGACUACGACUUUGAGCUGAAGACCUGGGCCUCACUUUGGAAGGCCAUCAGAGAGACGGGAGAAAAGCCUAUCCGUGUGACCUAUCAGUAUCCCAAAUCUCCUCCAUUGACCGAGGAAGAGAACUAUGCUGAUGAAGGUGAAGAUUGGAAGCCUCCUGAGGAUGAAGAGGAGGGCAUUGCUCGGCUGCGGAGGAUGGUGGCAGAGGACGAAGAUAUCAUCUGGCCCUACGUUGAGAUUGAUGAGAAAUAUGGAAUGGUUAUGGACAAUGAUGUUCUGAAUGCUGAGCAUUUAGGAUUGGGAGAGGAUAACAAAGAGUACAAGGCGUUGAUGGAUGAGAUGGAGCGGAGGAGCAAGGGGGUUUCGGCUGAAUGA